AUGGAAAACCAAACGACACAAAGAAGACGGGUGAAGAAUAAACCGACCAUUAAGCGCCUUCUUGCAAACAAAUGUGAGCGAGAACGCGUAAGAAAGAUCAACGAAGCUUUUGAGAUUCUGAAGACACAUAUUCCGUAUUGUGAUUCGGGGCGGAUACGCACAAAGCUUGAUGUGCUAAAGUUCGCCAUUGAUUACAUACAGAUUUUGACGAAAAUGGUGUCGCAGAGUGAAGCAGCGACGCUUCUGAGAACGCCGCGAUUGGAAAACGAAUCAGCUUUUAUGUUAAGCACAGAAGGAAGCGAAACUGAAAGCUUAAGGUCAUCGAGUGAAAUGUUCUCUGUACGACUGGACGAAGCGAGUGCGUUUCCAUUUGAUGAUCAACAAUCGCAACUGGUAAGCCAAAGUACUUGUUAUACGUUCUACACUAUCAAAGUGUGCUUCAACACUAAGGAACAACUUCGCUCACGUCAAUUUUUGAUUACGCGAAUAUGAUCACACAAACUUCGAUAAACUCCUCAAAAUAUCAAACAUCAUCUUUCGCCGUUUGAAAGUUUGUAGAAACAUUCUGAAAGCCAAUUUGUAACCCGAGAGAUUAAAAAAUAGAGUAGUAUAAAUAGGCUAAAUAUAGCUCUAUAUAACGACGCCAUAAUGCGCGAUCACGUUUUUUAGGAAGAACAUUUUACGAACAUUUUGUAAAUGUUCGAGUGUAAAUUUUAUACGUUUAUUAAGGCUGCAUGGUUUACACUAUCAAAGUUUCUGUGACCACAGUAGGAAUGUUGCAUAGGUAAAUUCUAAGUUUUGAAGAAUUUGUAAGAUAUGUUUGAGAGAACUGACUCAGUGUUUAACACGAAGUCAGUUUCCUCAAAAAUUUCUUACAAAUCCUUCAAAACUUAGAAUUUACCUCAGCAAAAUUUCUACUGUGAUCACAGAAACUUUGAUAGUUUUUUAGACUUAACAAUGGACCAUUUGCAUUAUAGACUAAAUUUUGAUCUAGACAAAAAUUUCAUCACAGCUUGAAAGAGCAUCACAAAAUUGGUAAUAUUCCAAAGUUUCGUUGCGAAUUGUUGUAAAAUGCGGAUAAUAUAGCCAUGCGAAGUUUGCAUGGCUAUAUUAUCCGCAUUAUAAAACAAUUCAAAAAUUAGUUCUAUCGAAUGAGAUGCCCCAAAUCCUGAUUAUUAUUCAUAUACAAACUAUGAUUAAAUUUAACUUUGGUUAAACAACUUUGAUACUGUAAAGUUAACCUGCUUAAAUUAGGGCUUCCAUUUAAGCGUUUAUACGUGCGUGCACGCAUAGAAAAAUUCAAUCCAUUUAAAGUUUCUAUACAUAUUGAACAAAAGCACAGCAUUUAAUUGUGCGUGCGAUUUAAUUUGUAUACUUGUUGAGGUAAUUAUAGUACUUAUAUAUAGAAUUUAGAAAGAUUUAAACUUUUCCGUGUGUAUAUGCAUGUAUGAAACGCACACGCAGCCUUUAACAAUAACAGCUAGAGGGCUUGUGAUUUGAGUACACGAUUCAUCAUUUGCGCGUCCAUGGCGAACGUUUAAAUCCCACAAGAACGUUUAAAUCCCAUGACCACAGAAUAAAGAUCAGUAACAGAAGGGCAACUCAGCGGUGCAACGUGUCCUCGUUUUUUUAUGCAAAAAUAUGCAGUUUACUGGCCAGAAGGCGGAGCAGCCAGCCAGCUAGUACAGCGUGUUUAUUGGCCAGAAAAUGUCAUUGACUGGCUAGGAAAAUGGCGGCCAACAUGCGUAAUGCGACAUGCGCGAGGACAAAAACUUCAAAGCUUCAGACGUAAGUUGCCCUUCUAUGUGGAUCUUUAUUCUAUAUGCCCAUGACAUAAAAACGGAAAUCAUAUAUAAACAAUUAAUUUGUCAUCAAUGUUCAAGAAAAUGAAAUAUAAAACAAAAUCUGAAAAAUGAAAACAUCUAGUGAAAACCCAACUGAGAUACAAUGUAUGGACUAAACUUUUUUAGGACAUGCAUGCAUAUAAUGACCUGAGCAAAGUUUUGAUUAAGCAAGUUCUAUGAAUGGAUAAAACUUUAUUUAGUUCUUGGCAAAAUUUUGAUCAAAUCUUAUGCGACUGCAUAAGAAAAUAAAAGCCUGAAAAUUUAGAUUUUAAUCUCAAGAUUGCAGUGUCAGUAAUACAUAUACUGUAUGUUGAAAUAACUACCCAAAUGUCAAUGCAUUCAAAGCCAUAUCAGUUAGAUGCAUGCUUAUGGCUGUCCCAUAUACAGAAUCAUACAUUCUGAUUCGCAAGAUUAUAUAAGCGCCAUUUGGCUUUAGUUAAUAAUUAUAGUAAUAUUAUAAACUUGUAAGUUAAAUUCUCUCUGGGGGGUGGGGCAGUUGCCCCUGCUGCCCAACCGCUGCGUAUAGCGUAUAUGGCCCUAAAUGUGUCACUCUCUUCUCUAGGGAAUAACCUCGCCUACAUUGAGUGAUGAUGAAGUAUUCUUCGGAGCCGAUCUAACCAAUGACGAAAACUUAACUGGUCAGUACCCCGCAUGGUCAGACAAUCAAUCUGGAUUUCACCAAGCACAAACAUACCACCACAAUGAACAACACACACCCCUUAGAACCUACUCGUUUGACGAACAACCACAGGACGUAUCGCCAUUCUGGCUGAAUCAGGCCAAUGGGAUUGCUAGAGCAGUCAUGUCAUUGAAUGGAUCGACAACACCUCCGAGUGACAGCAAUAACAAUGAACUAGCUGAAUGGCUACAUUUAUAA